AUGAUGGACGCAUGGACGCAGAACUCAAACUCUAAUGCCCUGUGCGGUGCCUCCGCUCCACUACGCGUCGAACGUUACUACCAACCAUGUCUCGGAAACAAGUCGUCUAUCUGGACUUCGGCUCAUUCGUUUGGUGCUGAUGAUGAAGAAUUGGCAAUUAACAAACAAACCUUUGCUCGGCGGGAGAAAUCCCGCAUUGCUGCCAAACUUCGUCGUCUUAAAGAAAACCAAACCUUAAUGAGACUUCGGCUAAUCCUUCCUAUCCAGUCAUACAAAAGCGAUGAAUCGGUGACACACAAGCUGGACAAUUGCAUCCAGUAUUCGGAUUCAGACGGUGCCACCACCCCUUACGAUUCGGUUGUUCGGUGCGACUCACCUUCACUCUGCACACUACCGGUUUUGAAGCAACCGCUCCUGGCACCAGAAUUUGAGAAGGCAGUGACGAUCCGUUUGGCCAGCUGCGCAUUGUGUUUGUACAAUUGGCUAUACUCUCAAGAGCUCUUGGGUAAGCUCUGUUCCAUCGAACUUUCGAUGAAUAUCUGGCCACCUUCCCACUUUACAAAUAUAUCAGAUAACGUUCAUGUGGAUCGGUUUAACUUCAAAUUUUGA